UUUGAUGCACACGAUCGCGAUGCACUUUUAUGCGCAAGCUGGUGGCUGUCAAAUUCUGGUGAAAAAAGAAAACGCAACAUCUCCUCAUCCAGUAGGAAAGAAAAACUUCGAUUUUUCCCCCAAUUGGAAGCUGCGGGUACCCAGUGCUGAUAUCGGAUUCUGUUUCCAUCCGUUGAGUGACGAGUAAGUGGUUGGCGAUGGAUUCCUCGGCCAUGUCGCUGAAAUCCUCGGAGGACAUUCCCCUGGCGGAUGACGAUCUGGAAGUGAUCAUCAACGACGACGACAGCUCCAAGUACAUGCAGAACGGCCGUUCGCUGGAUUCGAUAGCUAGUUCGUACACGAAUGGGAACUCAAGCCCGAGGCAUUUCCUGGAAAGCGAGGGUCCCGAUGCCGACGAGCAGGAGGAACGCGCCCGGCUGAUAACGCAGGUCCUGGAGCUGCAGAACACCCUGGACGAUCUGUCCCAGCGGGUGGACAGCGUCAAGGAGGAGAACCUGAAGCUACGGUCCGAGAACCAGGUCCUGGGGCAGUACAUCGAGAAUCUGAUGUCCGCUUCGUCGGUGUUCCAGUCGACCAAUCAGGCCCAGGCCUCGUCGGCGCCGAAGAAGAAGUAAGACGCGCGAAACGGGAAUCCAAUCGAAGCAAUUCCUAGCAGACCAAAGAAAACGCGAAACCGAUUCCUGUUUCGUGUAAAAAAUCGUACGUACCGGUACCUAUAUAACUAAAAUGCAGAUUUUUCUUCACACACGCUGGUGCUAGAGAUACGAACAAACUAAUUCAAUGUAGAAACACACGCUUUCCAACAACAAGUUCAAGUUUGUGGAUAAUUUGUCUGGAUCAGCAGAGAGAUCGAUUUAGUUUAAAAUACAUUAUACUUAUCAUUAGCAACGCACUGAAAAUGUAGCAAACCUGCGAGGGACUUCCUGGAAGCUUCCUCCGGGGAAAGUCGCUGCUGUCUAUUUUUUGAAAAAGAGUUGUAAUUUUUGCACGGAUCGAGCAAAUAGUAGGACAAACGCUAAGCAGUAAUAGAUCUUGUAGUAGAUUCGCGUUGGAACGUGGAUAGGUUCAUGACACACACACUAUUCUUAAGUUAGUUUUGAUUCACGAAAAGUACUGCUAUUGGAUAAGUUGAAUUUAAUCGCCAUCAUUAAAAUUCUGGUCGUUUUUUUUCUAGGAAAUAUUGUUUUAGGUCAAGAACUUUGUGUUCAAACUGAAUUCCUCGAAUAACUGUAUCUUGAUUUAUUUAAAUACUCGUAGGUUUAAGAUUCUCACUUCAUUUUUUGUUGAAACGUAUACUUUAAGUUGUAAGAAGUCCAGAGAGGCAAAUUUCUUCUCAAAAGUGCAUUUUCGUUAUUUAUAUUUGCUUUACAUUUUGUUUUAACUUUACUAAUAAAGCAAUGUGAUCAAAUAAUUCCCGCUCUUAUUAAAUGUUUAACGCUUCAAAAUGUAAUAAACUCUUCGCUUUGUAUGCAGAA